UGGCCCGGGAGCUUGCCUCGCUUCUCUCACAGCCGGGACUGGCUGUUCUUUUAAAGGGAGUUGGGGCAGUCCCAGCAAUCGACCACAUGGUGACUGUUCCAAUAGCACAGUGGGAGCAGAAAGCGGUCGGUGCCCGAGAGCCGAGUUGCUGCCUUUGCAAGUGCUGGGUAUGUGUCUGUCUGUGUAAGAGAGAGAGAGGAUCGGGCGCUGCGAUUGGACCUCCCAGCCCCCUCUCUUUGCCUAUCCCCUCGCCUCUUUCUUUCACUAACUCUCCUUGUGUCGGACAGAGAUGCAAGAGGAUGGCUGGCUGGUCAGGAGGAGCUGGGAGCCCAGCUUUCAUGCUGAAGAGGUGCUGAGCUCUUGGGGACUGACGAGGGGCAGGGAGACCGCACCGUGAAGCCCCCUCCUCUCACUGGCUUGGCCGGGAUGAGGCUCCUGCUGGCCGCCCUGACUCUGCUCUCUCUCCGUGGCGGAUCGGCCUCCGCUGCGCCGAGCCGAGCGAAAAGUUUGCGAACUCUGCUCGCGGUUCCCGGUGUGCCGAGGAAGAGGCCCCCGGCCCGGGCGUUGCUUUCCCAAGAUGUUUUCUGGAGUGAUGGCCUUGACCGCUCUCUGGCCGCGGGCUUCUCCGAGCUGCACGUCAAGCGCUGGCAGCUGAAAGCCCGCUCCUCCCGGCUCGUCUCCUUGGACCCAGGCUGCGGCAGGUUGUCCAACAGGCUGGCCAGCUUCUCAGAUGGCACCAGAGCUUGUGUCAGGUAUGGCAUCAACCCCGACCAGGUGCUUGGCGAGACCCUUUCGUUCUAUCUCUCCAGGCUCCUGGGUAUUCACAACGUGCCGGCCCUGGCCCUGUCCAGGGUCAGUAUCAAUGCCGAGCAAUGGUUGGGGGUCAGGAGCGAUGUCCAAGGCUCUCAAUGGGCGGAUAAACCCAUCGUCAGUCUUACUGAGUGGAUCAGCAACCUCAGCGACGUGGUGACCCCGCCAUCCCUCCGGACAGAAGGAAGGACGCUGCACCCCAGCCUGAAAGAUCUCGCCAAUGUGACCAGCCAAGAGCUGAUAGAGCUUGUGCAAUGGUCAGACCUCAUCCUUUUCGAUUACCUGAUCGCCAAUUUCGACAGACUGGCCAGCAAUCUCCUGAGCCUGCAGUGGGACUCCAGGGUAAUGGAGAGGUCGACCAACAAUCUCCACCGGACUGCGAAGGGGGCUCUGGUCUUUAUCGACAACGAGGCGGGACUGAUCCAUGGGUACCGAGUGCUGUCCAUGUGGGACCGGUAUCACGAAUCACUGCUGAAGACACUCUGCAUCUUCCGGAAGGAAACCGCCAGGAAAAUCGCUGAGCUGCAUAAGUCCCAGAAUGUUGCCCAGCAGUUGUUAGAUCUGUAUAGGGAAAAUGAACCCCUGGCCUCUCAAAUGGGAUUCCUUUCUGAAGAACAUGCUCAGAUGUUGCAAAACAGAACUGAUCGAUUGUAUAAACACAUACUGCAAUGUAAAGCUAAAUAUAGUAAAUAAGUUUUCAUGGCUGUUUAAAUUUUAGAUUUUGUUUCAAGUUCCCCAUUAGAGUUAAAUUUCCUCCCCCCACCCCCAUUGUCUUUGCUGACGGGGAAGGGUGCUCCAGCCAUAUGGAUAAUAUUAACCAAUAGACCACCAGGAGGUGCUCUUGAUAAAAAUUCUGAGAGAUGCCUCUGGCUAAUUCUAUGGACGAUUGAUAAACUCCUGGCCUGAAAGAAGGAAAUCUAAAUUUGUAAUUUGCAGAGGGCUGGAAGCACUAUGUUGAGCAGAUGCAUUUGUUCUGUGGGUGUGGGCUAGCUGGGGCUGGUAUGAUGAACCAGAGACAACAAAAAUCAGAGAAGCCAUUGGGAGAUUCUUAUUCAAACUGUGUGUACGUAAAAAUUCUUAUUCUGACAUAUGUUCGGUUUUAAUGGCUUUAUUGUAACACCUUGGAAAUGAAAUUUGUAACAUAAAACAGCUGCCAAUUUUAAACACAACCCCAAUUCUGAGUUGCCAAUUUGCCUGUGUCACCACUUGCAAAUUUAAUUCUUCCUUGUACAGUUUCAAAAUGAGUAUACACCAUCAAUUUAUUGUUCUGGAGUGUACUCUAAACAAAACAGACUCUUGUUUUCUUUUAGUUACUGCAAUGUAGCUGCUUCCCAGCAGGUUCUACCUCAUGCCUAGCAUAUAAAGUGGCAGAUGAUUAUCUGGAUGGUGUCAGUCAUGCAGGUUCACCAUUGUGUGUGAAGUCACACAUUUUAAACUUAAAAUAAAAUACAUAUCACGUUACAGAUUGUUGAUGGUCGAGUCUUAUAAGUAGGAAUAGGAAUAGUCCAUUCAGCAUUUCAAGCUUGUUUUGCCAUUCAGUUAGAUUAGGACUAAUCAACAUAUUCCAGCCUUAGUGCCAUAUCCUUCGAUACCUUUUAACAAAAAAAGGCUAAUCUUUUUUAUGGAGAUUUUUAAUUGGCCCAGCUUUUUUGGGGAGGGUUCAGCUUUGUACUAAGCACUGUAAAGAAAAGUGCUUCCUGAUUUCCCUGCUAAGUGUGUUAGUUAUCUUAAAAUUACAGGCCCCUUAUUCUGAAUUCCCACAUUAAUGAUUAUUGGUCAGCAAUCCUAAAUAGAGUGAUUUUUCUGAUGUAUGAAGGCAUCUGCCUGUUAAGAAUUGUGACUGCACAUUUGAAGCUUGAGGAAAUUGAAUUUUCCUCCCAGAUUUCUCAAUCUCAUACCUCAGAUGAUAGAGUGGCCUGGAUUCACCAUUGAAAUAUUCAGUUACUGUAUGAAUGUAGCACUAUCAGUUCUAGUCUCAUUCAUUGCAAUUGAAGCCCACCUUUCUCUCUCUUUACAUGAUAGACAGGAAACGAUUGUUCUUGAUCCAUCUGUGCUAUAUAGUAGGAAGUAAUUGCUAGUGUCUGUGUCAGAUCAUGAAAGAAGGACUCUGUGCUGGGCAUUGGUAUUUUAAAAUGUCACAUAAAAGGGGGCUAUCUCAUAAAUUCAAAGAAAAAGUUGCCCAUCUCAGAAACGUAGGUGGAAUGGAAUGACAAUUCCGUAUAUACCCCAGGUUGAUUUUUUGAUAAAUUAUAUUUUUUAAAAAGCUGAUCAAGAUGGGAUGGAACAACGUGGGAAAUAAAUUGAGAAUUUAAAAUAGGAAAAUGUACAUUUCCUUUCAGAAUCUUGCAGCAACUGAUGUGUUAUUUUGUGCAUAUCAUUAGAUCAAUGAUAAUUAAAUACAUCCAAAAGAUUGCAACAAUUCCUAGUUUGGAAAUUAUGUGAAUCACAAUAAUAUUCUACUUUUUUGAAUUUGAAGCUUGGACUGUGUCAAACAGAAUUGACUUUGUUUAUAACUGUGACGAGGCUGAUCUCUCUCAAACCAAAUAAUUUCUGUUUGGAAAUGUGACCAAGCACUAUCUACAACAGCCCUAGUUUAUUCAUGAAACCAGCAUCUGCCUAACACAGGCUAGGUCCGAUUUAAAAAUGGGACAAUUAUUGAGAAGUUUUUUCUAAGUUAUACAUACUAUUUAAAUGCAAAUGCAUUGAUAACCAGGGAUUAACACUUUAAAGAAUUGGCACAAGAAAUAGUGGAAAAUGAGAAUGUUUUUCAGAGAUAGUUGUUAAUUUUUUUGUGAUAUGUAGUGGAGUAUUGGAAGCAAAUUCCAUAGAAGCUAUCAAAAGGCAAUUAACCAUCCGCUUAAAGAAACUCAUUUUCAAGAUUACAGGGAAAAUGUUGGGAUCUGGGUUAAAUUUUACAGCAUUUUGUUUUUACAAAAGCCCCAAAGGAUUCUUCUAUGAUGCUGUAUGAAUCAGUGAUACGGAAUUAGUUUUGGUUCUAAUUGUGAUUAGGAUCCAGUACUAUCUAAGGGGAGCUGGUAAACAAUCCCAUCUGUUGUUCCUGAAGUCGUGGCUUGUGAUGGCUUCUUGUGAUCUGUGAAUGUUAAUUAAGUAUCUUUGAUAUGCUCACAGAAAUUAAUUGAUUAAUUUGGGAAAUAUUCGUAUGUGUAGGAUUUACUUAACCAUUGGAAACAUUGUAAACUCAAAUUUGUCAGAAUCAUGCAAGCAGGCAAGUGAGUUCUCUAAAGAGUUCAGAAGUUGCAAUAUGCUGCCUAUGUAUACCUAUGGCAGUUAUUAGUCCAGAAUAGUUUUGAAAUGCUUACAGUGUCAAUCAUAUUUAGAAUGUUACAAUGAAAACAUUUGGUUUAAAAUGAGUAAAUAUUAACUGCUGCUUUGAGCCUUCAGUAAUUUGACCUGCUCAUCUUCAGUGUACAAAUUGUAACAACUCCAUGUGGAUAAAGUGUUUACAUCGGCUUACACACAGAAACGGACUAUUCAGCCAAUCAUUCUACAUUACUCAUUUUUAAUACAUUUAAAAUACCAAUGACAGGGUCAAGCCUCUUGCUUGUAACUGUGCUGAUAGUUUUUUUUGUUCAAGAAGGGUGAUUUGGUGGUGACCUAUCUAGUCACAUUCAAUGACAGCAUUCUGGAUUAUGGUCUUAGUAGAAAAUGAGGCACUUUCUAGUUGCAAGGCAAAUGCCUGAUAGUGUGCUCCAUAUGUUUUUGUGUUGAUAUUCAAGGCAGAGGUGGUUCCAAGGAAAUGGCUAUAUAACACCUGUGUCUAAAAUGAAAGCCAUCUGUUGUACAGUGAUGCUGCUUCUCAAAGAAGACAUUGUAAAGCAUAUAGUUUAGAACGAAAAUGAAAGACAUUUUAAUAAAUUAAUGGUUUAUAUUUUAGUCAUAAUCCAGCUAUUUUAAUUAAAUCUGCUAUUUCUACUGGUUAGACAUUAGCAGUUGAGGAAUAAUGAGGCAGUAAAGCAACGUAUCUAAAUGAAAAUGAGAUUUUGAAGUGAACAGGGAAUCAUCAAUUUGCUAUUUACAGUUGUGUAUUGACUGUCAACCACAGAGAAAGACACUCUUCAUCUUUUCAAAAGCCACCCAAUUCAAAUUGUUAAAAAGUAGAUGCUGUCUCUACAUUGGUACAGAUUGGUAUCUCUCAGGCAACACUUGAUUAUGAAAUUUUUGUUUUAGAAUUGCUGUCAGAAACUACCUGAGUGAAGAUGAUUUAUGUAGCAAGUUCCUCUACUUAAGUGGCACCUUGAACAGAUCCAGUCACAACCCUAUGAAGUACAGUGCAAUGUAGACUAAAAUACUAAUGCAUGUGCAAACAGCAGUGACAAUUUCAUGCUCACUUUGUAGGUCAGACUUCUCCAUUAAACUUAAUGCUUGGAAUUAGUUUCCAUCAAAAUCCAUGGGUAUGAAUGGUUGGGAGUGAGGGGGCAUAGGUGGGCAUCUCCAUUUUAAAAUCUACAACAUAUUCAUUAAAACUGCAGUAGACUGUGUAACCGUAUGGACAAUUAGGCUGUUAAUUGACAUGAUAGCUUGGUAACUGCUCCAUUCAUCUUAACAUUUUAUCAUCUCUUUAUUAAAAAAUUCAGGAAUUUUCUCAGGUAGCAAAAUAGGUUCACAAAUUACCUGGUGUGGUAUUAAUGAUACAUACCAGGUGUCUAUGAUUCAGUGCUCAAUCUGUGCUGAGUGAUCCAUUUCCUGCUGAGACCUUGAUGCACAGCACAGUGAUCCCUGAUAAUUUUGUUCAUUAUUUUUAAACAUACAUUCCUACAGCCUUGGCCAACUUUGACAUGAGACUUAAGUGUCUUUUAAAAUUUAAUAUCAUUUCCAAGUAAAGUGCAAUGACUGCACAAUGAAUCUUUGCAUAGCAUUCCCACAAGGCAAACGUUGAUCCUGGUUAAACCUCAUUCAGUGUAUCUCCAAACUAGCAGAAUAGGCAAGGGCAGAAAAUAUGGGAGGACAAAUAUUAUGAAGGGUGUUGUCAUGCAUGCUUCCCCUUUAAAAAAUCUCAUGGUUGCUGUUUAUUACUUGCUACCUAUCUCUCCAAACCCUCCUCACAUACAGAAUGUCAUGUAAAAACUGUCCAUGCAAGGUAUAAUUAGCUCUCUCUAGGUGUACGCCUUAGCAUAAGGAAAACAAAAAAGUUUGCAUUGUCCCUCUUCAGUAUUGUGAAAGGAGACAGCAAGUGAAAUUGGUUAGAAAGAGUAUGCAAAAUGAGUAUUUUGGGAGCAGUAUGUGUGGGCAUCUGGAUGAGAUCUGGGAUUUGGCAACAUUAGCUGAGUACAGAUUCCUUCUGCCCCACCCACACCCCCACCACCCUUCUCUAUUUCUCACACCUAAUUCAGAGGACAGAUAAGUGGUCUAAUGUAGUAGUUUACUGUAUCCAUACAUCCUUCCUGUAAUUACACACACAGUGCAGUGGUGGGAGGAUUAAAUUGUUGAGCAGAUGAAAGAAUGCACGCAGAGCACACACUGUAGAAUUACAUAUUAAAUAGAGCUUUCAGCACAAAAACCAGACCUUUUCAAUGGUCUAUAGCUGUGAUUAUGCUUUGCAUAUUAAUAGAUAUAAACAAAUCAUAAAUGUGUCUCCUUUAUUCAGUUUGCAGAAAUACAACCAGGAGUUAUCUGUCGUGUGGAUAUCUUUAAGAAUGAUUGUGGGUGAAGGGGUGGGAUGUGAUUUUGUAAUGCAUGCUUUUUCUGAUGCACUGCAAUUGAGUGACAUCUGUUUGACUAAUGUCAAGCUCAUUUAUUUCUUGAAAAACUGUUGUUAGUAUUGCUUUUGCUGGCAUACUUAAAGUGUGAUGGUUACUGAGUAAAAAGAAAAUCUUUCAAAUGAAUGUCAAAGAUGCUGAUGUGAUGGAUGCACACCCAAGCCCGAAAUUUUCCAUGGUGAAAUCUCUGGAAUUGCAACUCACAUUAUUUUGGUGAAGAUAUUUUAAAAAAUGGAGUCAGAUUCCAAUUGAAUCUGACUGUUCUAUGGCAAGGACUAAGUCAUGCGUCAACAGCCAAGGAGUGUGUAUGUAGCGUACUUAGCCACAGAUUGGAAUCUAUUUAUUUUAAUUUAUUGGCUAAAUCUUGAAAAUGUGUAUUAGUUCUGUGAUAUACAUUUGCUUUUUGUCCCUCUGAUGGUCAGGAUGAUGCACUGUUUGCACAGUGUAUGACUACACCAAUUCUAUCCCCUAUUGAUUCAUUGCAGAAUAGGUGCCCACACAGCGCAAGAUGGAAAUGAUGUGCAAGGCUUCAUCAAUUUAGUUCUCUUUCAUCACAUCCUGCCAAACAUCCAUUCCAUAUGUUCUUCAUUCUUUUGAAUGAAGGAGAAUCUUCUAAAAUCAAUCGCCUAAAACUGUAUUUCCUUGUCCUACUUCCACAGCUCAACUAGAAUUGAUAUUUCACAAUUACUUUACGCCAUUUUCAAUCUUUUACAGUUCCGGAACAUGCCCUGAAGGUUGAAGAAGGUGGGUUUCUCCAGUUCUUAGUUUUCCAAUUCUCCAGUACUAGGAACCAUACUUGUGGCCCUUCUCUGGGGGACAGUGCUUACUGCCUUGAAACAUUCCUAAGGUCUACUACACCUCUUGGUUACUCCAAACUACAUCUAAAAGUGUCAUCUCACUUUUAGAGGAUUUUCUGGGAUCACUAUGUUAGCGACAUCAUGAACAUAAUGGGAAGUUUUUUUUGAUGUUUGUUAUUUCUGGUGAAAUAAUGUUAAAGUGUGAUGUUUAUAAUUUUACUCAAAAUAGUGCUCAGAUGUCACUAAUGCAUGAUGGCUGUUGAAAGUCCUUCUUCACUUCAAUGUUGAAGUCUCCAGGUCAUUUUACACAGACUGAGAGUGUGGUGGAUUCCACAAUGUGUAGCUGAGAUAUCAUGUCUUUUACCAGUGUAUCCACAUAUUGCACAGCAUUAAGCCCUUUCUUUAAUGACGAGCCAUUUAUACUUGAAGUCUGUGGAAGUGUAUAACUUUUAUUUAAAUUUCUGCAGUGGCCAUUUGAUGUCCAGUGGAAAAGUGAAAUUUUUGUUUAUUAUUCACAAAUGUACAACAUCUCUCUAAUGCACCUUAUAUUUUGUUAAUAUGUUCUAAAGGAUGUCUGAACUAUUGUAUUAAGAUAUUGGAAGGCAUUAUCAAACUUAAAAAUGUUAUGCAUAAAAAUAAAAUAUUUGCCCACUC